AUGGAGGCAGCACCAGCCCGUGACUUGACACGCCGCCGGCAGGAACUUCUGGCGCCACCUUGUCUGGACACCGAGUCGCUCCGUAAGAGCCGACCCCCCGUGCGGGAGCCUGGAGCCUUGAGAUGCCUCACUCCAAAUGGCAGAUCCCUGUGGCCUGUGUGCCAGGACUCGGGCAGCACAGCAUUGCCUUUUCUCCAAGAGAAAGAAAAGGGGCCACUGGGGUCCCCUUCACCAGCCACUCAGGCCCUGGGGCCGUGCUGGGAGCUGAUGGUCAUAGGGAUGUCAGACCCCCUAAGUAUGGCCAGGAGUCCCAGGAGCACACAGUGCCCCAACCCGGCACCUUCCAGUGCUGCUUCCCCAGCCUCACUCCAGAGAAGACCACGGAAGCAACCGAACCCCCGAAAAGGCAUUGAGAAAGUGGACCCCAUGUUCAAGGGAGUGACUUUGGAGUUUCAGAUACAGCCGGAUUCUAGCCUCCAGAUUGUACCCACCUACAGCUUGCCUGGCAGAAGUUGUUUACAAAAGCCCCCUGCAAGCCCUUCCAAGGCCCUUGUCAGCCCAGGAGGUAGCAAGGCGCUCGGGCCCCGGCGCUGUGCUUCUUGUAGGACCCAGAGAACCCCACUUUGGAGAGAUGCUGAAGAUGGGACCCCUCUCUGCAAUGCCUGUGGCAUCAGGUACAAGAAAUAUGGCAUUCGCUGUUCCAGUUGCUGGCUGGUUCCAAGGAAAAGUGUCCAACCAAAGAGGUUGUGUGGCAGAUGUGGGAUGUCCCACCUAAACCCAACUCAGGAACUGUAAGCCCUUCUUUAUCCAGCCAAGUCAGUUUUGCCUCAGUUUCUCCAAGGGAGAAUAGGGAGAUUAGAAUACUUGGAAGCACCCAGCUGCCUUACUGGUAGCAAUCUCAAUUAGAGAGACACACCUCAGGUCCAGAGUCUACCUGUGGGUGUCACCCACACUUUGGCUUCCCCCUUUUCUACUCAGUCUUGGCUGAACCCCAAAUAAAAGGAAAUAAUUUCAGAAAUGA